AUGCAGGCCUGGGUCAUGAACAAUGGCCCUGGCGCCAAACCAGUCUCGGCCGAGGACCGCGCCUUUGCCCACGAUCACUCUGGAAGUCCACAGAAGGGCCACGUCUUGCUCAGCCAACCACAUGCAAAUACACAAGCUCUAGUUGCUCCUAGUACACCACCGAGGUCUCAGCCUCAGUAUCAAUCACGCAUGCCUAUUGUCAAUGCCAACGCAAAUGCUCGGGCUGCAGAUGCUGCUGCUGCUGCUGCUGCCGCCACCGGCGGUGCAAAGCUACCUUCUGCCUCGAACCGUCCCGCUUUUACUCGCCCAAGUCAUCAAAUCAGUCAUAGCAGAGAAGGCUCCAACGUACAGCGGCACCGAGGACCGACUUUGGAGCCAGCACAGAAUGUCCAACGUCAAGGACAAGGACAAGGUCCUUUCUGGGAGGGCUCAACUGUGGAGGGUUCAACAUCAAUGAGUGAGACUGCUAGCAAUGCUGACGCGAGAAUGGUUGCCCCAUCUCAUAUGCUACAUCAAGACCUUGCCUUCAAACCAAGAGACAUGACACGUCAACCUUCAAAGAGAGACUCUGACAAGGACCGCCCUCCUUUCAUCAUUGGCGAUAAUGGCUUCAUUGAUGUACUCGGUGGCCCGAUGCGAAGGUCUUCAACGCCUGAUUUCAGAACCCGGGCUCCGACCAAGGGCUUGAGCCAGGACUCUGAUAAUGAAUUAUACGUAGAGGAGCCACGUUUUCUGACCGACCUGGAAAAGGCACCUCCCAAUACCCUCAACCAUCGUGGCGCCAGACUUCCUCUGAGGACCACUAAGCGUGACACCUUUGCCGAGAGGACCACGUAUGCUGCUGAUGGAAACAAUCUCCCCUUGCCACCUGAUCCGCGACGACGUCCUGCUGACGCCCUUGAUUAUGUACAAAGGAAUGAUAGAAAUCAGUUAAGAGUUCCUGCCGCUCGCGAGUCUCAUCGCACAACUGUUUUCGAGAACAUUGAUACUCCUGUUACCAGUCAUCAAGACUUGCCCCAGCCUCAAACCCAAUCCCUUCCCCAAUCCGAAACGGAAUCUGAGAGCGCGGAUGACCAGGUCACACCCAAGCCGAGAGUAAAAUCAAGCCAGUCGAUUAAUCGUCAACUCAACCGCCAGCUAUUCACGGAAGAGACCAAGGCCAGUAAAGCUCGAAACAGUCUUCGCGAAAGUUCCAUGCCACGGCCCGCUUCAGAGAAACGGCAAUCCAACACCAACACCAAGAAGAGAUCAUUUGACCUAGACUACGACGACAGUGUCUUGGCCAAGAUGAACUACAGCGAGCUGAAAAGUCAAGACUUUGACUUUGAUCCGGCCCGGGCAGAAUCCAGCUCUGCUCAACGCCCACCUCCUGGCACAUUGCCUGAAAAGCUCGACCACUUUUUCCACAAAGACGAGGAUGCACAAAAGACAUUCUUCAAUACCAUGCCCAUGAGAGAUUGGGACGACUCUGGUGACUGGUUUCUGGAGAAGUUUGGCGACAUUAUGCAUCGACUAAAGGAUGCCCGUCGAGACAAGAGGAACCUUGUCGACCAAUUCGAGACAGAGAUUGCCGAGCGAGAAGACGCUGUCAGGAAUAAGAUGUCUUCAAUCGACCAGACAUUGGGCGAGUUCAGAAACGAGACAAAGACGAUGAUGGCGAACAAGCAGCUUGAGUAG